UGCCGCCGCAUGCGCAUUCCUCCGCCUACGACCCGGAUCCUUCCCGAGAGAAGUGGUUGGCCGGCGCAUGCGCGCUGCUCCGGGGGAGGGGGUUUGGCAGGGAGGCAGAGCGGCCACUGGUUCUGGGCGCAGGGCAUUGUGGGAUCGCGGCGGAGCCAGGAGCUCCAGAGGGGCCCGGGCAGAAUGUUCUGGAAAUUUGACCUGCACACGAGCUCUCACAUUGAGACGCUGCUGGAGCGAGACAACGUGACGCUGGCUGAGCUGCUGGAUGAGGACGAUGUGCUGCAGGAGUGCAAGGUGGUCAACCGCAAGCUGGUUGACUUCCUGGUGCAGCCCCAGCACAUGGAGGCACUGGUCACCUGUGUCACCCAAGAGCCCCCUGCCCACCUGGAUGAGCGGCUGCGGUACAAGUACCCCAGUGUGUCAUGUGAGAUCUUGACGUCGGACGUGACCCAGAUCAACGACGCUCUCGGCGAGGACGAGACCCUGCUGCGGCGGCUCUAUGGGUUCCUGCAGAGUGCCAGCACCCUCAAUCCCUUGCUCGCCAGUUUUUUCAGCAAGGUUAUGGGCAUUCUCAUCAACCGCAAGACUGACCAGAUUGUGGCAUUCCUGCGCAAGAAGGAGGACUUUGUGAGCCUGCUGCUUCGCCACAUUGGCACAUCGGCCAUCAUGGACCUGCUGCUGCGCCUGCUAACCUGUGUGGAGCAGCCCCAGCUCCGCCAGGAUGUCUUCACCUGGCUGAAUGAGGAGAAGAUUGUGCAGCGCCUCAUCGAGAUGAUCCACCCCUCAAAGGAUGACAAUCAACAUUCCAACGCAGCCCAGUCCCUGUGUGACAUCAUCCGCCUGAGCCGGGAGCAGAUGAUCCACAUCCCCGACAGCCCCGAGCCUGACCAGCUGCUGGCCACACUGGAGAAGCAGGAGACAAUCGAGCAAUUGCUGAGUAACAUGUUCACGGGGGAGCACAGCGAGUCAGUCUUGGUCAGUGGGAUCCAGGUUCUCCUCACACUGCUGGAGCCGCGCAGAUCCAGGGCCGAGCCGGGAGGGCUGGGUGGCUUCUACUGUAACCUGGAUGGGCAGCUGGAGAUGGGCCCUGGCAGCUUGGAUGUGCCUCAGCGCCAGGUCAGCCUGGGUACCCUGCUGGCACUCAGGCAGCGCCUCCCGGACUUCCACCAGCUCCUGCUUGAGCCCCCCAAGCGUGAGUCCCUGAGGAUGACGUGGGGGCUUCUGGACCUGCCGCUGGGCAACACACGGCUGCACGUGGUGAAGCUGCUGGCCAGCGCCCUGGCUGCCGGUGACGCAGGGCUGCAGGACGAGCUGCUGGGGCUGGGCGCCCUCGACACCAUGCUGGACCUCUAUUUCGAGUACAGUUACAACAACUUCCUGCAUGCUCAGGUAGAGGCCUGCCUGAGCACCAUGCUCCAGGCUGGCCCCGGGGACACCCUGGAGGACAGCUCUCAGCCUGUCCCAGACAGUCCUGUCAUCACGCACCUGCUUCAGAAGUGCCGCCUGGUUCAGAGAGUGCUGUCUGCCUGGGAAGAGAACGAGCAGGCUCAGUUGGCUGGUGGGAGGCGCAAGGGCUACAUGGGGCACCUCACCCGGAUCGCCAAUGCCUUGGCACAGAGUGCUGAGAAGGGCCCCCAUGCUGCCCAUGUGGGGCAGCUGCUGAAGGACCUGCCUGAAGAGCUGCAGGACCAGUGGGAGAAGUUCAUCUCUGGGCAUCUGGCAGAGACCAACAAGAAGAACAUGGUGGAUCUAGUGAACACGCACAACCUCCACUCUUCCAGUGAUGAUGAUGACGGAGACCUGAAGGAGUUCAGCUUCCCCCAGGAGGCUGUACUGCAGCAGGCCUUUGUUGAUUACCAGAUGCAGCAAAUGACCUCAGCCUUCAUAGACCACUUUGGCUUCAAUGAUGAGGAGUUUGGGGAGCAGGAGGAGAGUGUCAAUGCUCACUUCCGCCAGCUCAAGAGUGCCCCCUUCGACAAGACAGCCAAUAUCACCUUCUCGCUGAACGCUGAUGAUGAGAGCCCCAACUCCAACCUGUUUGAGAUCUGUUACAAAGAACACAUCCAGCAGUUCGAUGAUGACGAGGAGGAGGAAGGUUUGGAUGGGGAGGAUAGCUGGCACCAGAAGGCUCUGGACUUCCCAGGCGGCACCACGCAUUUAGCACGGCCCAGGAGCUGCGGGAGCACAGACAGCGAAGACAGCCGGGACUCAGAGGAGGAGGAAGGCGAAGAGGAAGACACGGGUGGGGGGGGAGGAGGCGGUGGUGGCAGCAAAGACGACAUCAACAGCAACUCUGUUCAGGAGAAGGGGGCUGAGGGACCAUGCUGGACUGCCAGUCUUGUGCCUGCAGACAUACCUGCCAUGGCCCUUGCUGGUGGGGUGGACACUGGUGCCGCUGUGUGGGACACGCCUGACUUGAAAGCCUCACACCCCCCUCCGGGAGGAGGCUGGGCUCCAUUCACAGACUCUCCUUCACUGCAAACCAGCCUCUCGCACCCCAACGCCCUCCCAGGCUCCCAUGCUCAGGAAACCUCAACACAAAGCAAUGUACCUUCAGCAGGAGGUCUCCAGGAGUCCCCCCGCAUGGGUUCACCUCCCCAGGCGCUGAACGGCGAGCUGGAAAGCCACGCCAGCUCCCCCACUGAAGGCCAGCCCCCCUACCGAGGGCUAGCCAGCAUGGACACAGAAGGGGCCUCCCCAUCUACCUCUGAUCCUACCCCGCAGUUCCCAGGGCUCACAGACCCCCCCAGGACAGAGAGCGGCUCCCCUCAGAGGCAGCAGCAGCCAGAAGCCAGAUAAAGUUUUCAGAAGGCACCUGGGGAAAUUCCCCGUCAUGAGCUGGGGAGGGGCUGGCUGGGGGCACCCCCCUGGCCCCUCCCCCUGGUUUUACCCAUGGAUUCCCUCCAUUGGGGGUGCAGCUUGGCAUGGGAAGGGGGGUACAUGAAUAUGUGGCCUCCCACCCACCCCAUCACAAGAUGCUCACAGCAAGCGAGCGAAUUCCCUACCGCCCUCCCCAAUCAGGAUACGGGGCCUGAGAAGCUGAUCUGCUCCCUGCUGGUACCAUGCCCCCCCCCCCCCCCCCCCGGUCCCAUGUUGCACUGAAACCACCGUGGUUUGAUGGAAUUAGAAGCUAAUAGAGAUGUGACUCUGGAAAGCACUAAAUGCCUCUUGGGGGGCGGGGGGCUGCCCACCCUCCUUCCUUCCCACCCCCCAGAGGUCAUGUCUCCCCUGUGGUAGCCCCCAUCUGCUGCUGGGGGAGGGGGCAUGGACUGGCUCAACCACUCCCAUCCCAGGAGAGGCCUCUGCACUUCUGUGUAAGCACAACCAAAGACACCACCCCAUGCCCUUCCACUACCCCUGUCUGUCAGAUGCAGGGUCUUAGCACAGUGCACCCCCAAAAAAGAGCACAAGUGAGAUGGGGGUGGGGGGAGUAGGCACCAGGGUGAGUACUCUAGGGGAAAAAGGAGAAGAUUGGAGGUGGGGGAAAGGAGACCACUGUGGGGUGAUGGGGCCCAAGAGAUGCCCCCCCCAGCCAGAUUCGUGCCUCCCCAAAGGCUGAGGGUAGCUUUCCCUCCCAUGUCCCACGGAUCCCACCCCCAAAGCAGGUUCUAGGGGGUGGGGCUUGUCUAGCUCCACCUCCUUGGGAUUACAGUGGGAGGUGUUUGUCUGUAGCCCUGCCCCCUUGGCUGGUCCAUGUGGGAAGGGUUUUGUCCUAGCCCCACCUAUGGGGGGAGGAGCUUUGUUGUAACCCCCUCCCCCCAGGCUAAUGGUGCAUCUCCCACCUUUGGCCGCUGAGGUGGGGGGGGGGUGAUACCUGGUAUGGCCCUGCACCCUCCUCCCACCCAGGGGUGGCAUCUGGGGGGACCAGGGGAAGAGGAGAAGGGACCAGUUCCCAGGUGCUCUGGAAUGGGAAGGAGUCUGUCCCACAGGAGCCCAGCCUAAGGUUAGGGUUGCGGGGCAUCACCUUGGGGACUUGGAAGUGCUCAUUCCACCCUCCUGCCCCACACCUGUCCCAGCAGCCUCACCACAGAGGUGCUCUGCUUGCACUAAUUUUGGGGUUGCACUGGCAAUGCCCCUGCUGGCAGCUCUGCAUUGCUGCAUUGUUCAGGAGUCUGUGGAGGGGGCCUGGUAUGUUCCACCCCCACCCCACCUUCUUUCCCCCCUCCUCCCCCCCCCCCAGAUGCCCAGCUUGAUGGGCCCAUGACUCUGAACUGGGGUGGCUGUGGCACGAGGGGCUCACUGGGGUGUGAUCUGGGGCAGCAGGGCAUAUUUUGGUGGGGGAGGGGAACCAGUCCAGUUGUCCUACCCCUAUCCUUGUCUUACAAGCACUGAACACCCCUCCCCAGAAAGCCAGUAGCAAACAAUGACAUCCUGGUAGCCCACUCCUCUCCCCUGUCCCGUUUCCACACCCCCCACCCCUUCCUGGCUACCACUCAGUGGCAAUACUUCAAGCUCUUAAACACAAACCAACCAAGAAACUCAAGUGGCCUUUUUUGCGUGCGUCAGCCUGGGGCGUGGGGUGGGCACAGGGCUGGCCCCCCUGCCCCCGCCCACCCAGCCCCCCCCACCCCCUCUGCUCUGUGUGUGUGUGUGUGUGUGUGUGUGUGUGUAUAUGUGUGUGUGUGUCUCCAAAAUUGUUUCUUUCUUUUUUUUGUUAUAUUGGAUGAAAAUAAAAAAUAUUCAAAGCCUGGAA